ACCUUUCUCACUUACCCCACAGCAUGAAGUCUCUUGUCCUCCUCCCUACUCUCGCCCUAUCUGUCCUCCUUGCCCAGAUAAUCCUGAGCCGCCUCUCUGACUCCAUCCUUGCCUUGUCUGACUCGGCUCACACCUUAUCCCUUCUCAUCACCCUCUGCCCUCCCAUAAUCCUUGCCCGAUUUCACUCCUCCCUUCCCCAUCAUGCUCGCCUGCGUCUUCCCACCUUAUUUUCCCUCCUGGCUCCCUUGCUCCUUUCCUCCCUCAGUUUCUCUCUUGCCCUAGGGUCUUUUGGCCGCCUUGUCCGUCCUCAUGCUCCUCAUCGCCCAGUUAUCAUCAUCAUCGGAGGAGUACUAGGUUUGGUGUUCAACAUCCUUUAUAUCAUAUUUGCUGGAACUCUGCCAAAAUGUCCUUCAAGAAAGGGGUCUUCUACAGACCAGCCGCCAACUGCCGGAGCACACGAUGGAGAUCCAGGCUUGAGUCUUGCAAGACCAUUACCUUUGUGGCAUAUUCUGGCCUCGCUCACCCCCUCCACACUCCUAAUUGCCAGUGGCCUAGCCCUUCAUUUAAUGAUUGACAGUGUGGUCCUACGUUACAUGGACCCCACUCUAUGCUUAUCUAAUGUGGUUAUUAUGGUGGCUUCAGCCUACUCAAGUAUAGUUCAAAAUGGCCGACUUCUGCUCCAGGCUGUGCCACCCUAUUGUGACUUGCCCAGCCUUAAGCGUGGACUAGAAAGUCUUUGUGGUCCUGAAGGCCACCAUGAGCUUCAUGUAUGGGAAGUGGCCCCAGACCAAGCAGUGGCCUCUCUUCACCUCUGCUGCCCAGGGCCAGAGUCCUACCAAGUUCUCCUAGAGCAGACACGUCUCUUGCUUGGGCGCCAUGGCAUAGGAAAAGUAACAGUGCAACCGGAAUUUGCAAAUCCCGGUGCCUGCUCCAUGGCUUGUGGCCCAGCCUGUGUCCAUCACCUUUGCUGUGACCCAAGACAAUUAGAGACAUCAAAAAUAAAGGGCCAGGUUUUACAUAACAAAGGAGAAACAGGACAGUUUGGAUGUACCGACUGCGUCCAUCAACUUAAUAACCAGUGUUAAUUGGUGGUCAACAAGGGACAGUGAUAGAGAUGGAAAUUCUGCACCCUGGGAGAGGGCGCAACUGCUUGCUUUUACUCCAAGUGGAUAUUUAACCCAUUAACAUAUUUUAAAGCUAUUAAUCUUCUGAAUACUAAUAUUUUUUGGAUAUUUCGUACAGUCAAAAAUAAACUUAAAAACUUUGCAA